AUGGAUGAAGUUACAUUUCCUCCAUCUCCAACUUGGCUUUUAACAAAUAUUCUUGCCUGUAGGAAAGAUGGAUGUAUUUGUUACGGUUCAAAAAAUCAUAUAGUAAUUUUGAAAAUUAAACCAGAAAAAACAUUUGAUACCUUAAUUAUUAAAGGUGCCCAUGAAGAAAGAGUCACUUCGAUUGCAUUUUCCCCAUCAAAUUGCCACACAAAUUUGAGUAAUACAAUUGUAAGUUGCUCUGAAGAUGGUUAUGCAAAAUUGUGGAAAAUUGAUACAUUAACUGCCACUUUAGGAAAUAGAUCACAUUGGGAGCCCAACGAGCCUUGUGGGAAAAUCAUUUGCUUAGAUUGGAGUUUAGCUAAUCCUAAUAUUGUUGUUUCUGCUGCAGACAAUUGUUCACUGGUAGUGUGGGAUGUUCUAUCAAAUACAACAGUAAAAUUUUCAUUUCAAAGGUUAUUUCCCACAGUACUCGCUUGUUGUCCUCAUAAUGAAAAAAUAGUAGCUGUGGGGUUGAAAUCUGGGUUGAUUUAUAUAAUUAAUUUGGUUGGAAAAGGAGAUAUUAUUUAUAAAUUAAGAGGUCAUGAUAAAGAAAUACAAUCUCUCAGUUGGUGUCCAAUUUCAUAUAAUGUUUUCAAAGCUACAGAUAUUUUUGAAGAAUUUCUUUUAGCAUCCGGGUGCUUAAACAGAGAAAUUUACAUUUGGAGGGCUGGAAGUGACGGAAAGAGUGAAAUUAAAUUUCAAGUUCCCAAAAGUCUAAAAUCGAAAAAAAAUAGUAAUUUAAAUUAUGGAAAUAAUUUUAGUUCUUUAGUCGUUUAUUGGCAUGAUGCUUACACACUGUAUUUUUCAUCAAAUUUUGGUGAACUAUUGUUUUUUGAUAUAUGGCUUUUUGUAAAUAAAGAGUCGCAAACCUCUGAAUCGAAAAUCAAUAAUUCAUUAUUACAAUUUUUAAAAAUCGAACAUCACUUUCAUUCGAAAGCAUUAUUUGCCAUAGCUGGAGCUCAAAAUUUUGAAGAUGUAAAUAUUAUAUUACAUACAGAUUUAGAAAUUAAAUCUGAUAUAAAAUUUAAAACCCAAUCAAAUGCAAAACAUAUAACAAAAUUAAGUUUUAUAAAUAAUGACUCUGAAAUUGUAAAGUGGAAAGUAAAAACUUCAGAAAAUAAUUCUUUGGUAUGGACUGCUGGACAGGAUCGUAAACUUGUAGCUUUUAAAAAAGAAAAUUCUUUGAAAGAAAUAGUUUAUAAUUUUCAUACUUUGAAUGGUCCAGUUUAUGCUGCUGUCGUUUCUCCUCAUGAUAUAAAUAAAAUUGCCAUAGCUGCAGGAGAUGGUGUAAUAAGGCUGUGGAAUUUAUUACAACCUUGUGGUGAUAUUCAAGUAUUUUGGCAGAAAAUUAAAGACAGGGUAAUGUCUUUAUCUUGGCAUCCAACUAGAGAUGGUUUGUUGGCUUAUGGAACUUCACUCGGAAGAGUCGGAUUAAUUGAUACAAAUUCAGUUAAAAUGCCUAUAGUUUUCAAAUCUAGUAAUACUCAACCGAUUUAUAAUUUAUCAUGGGGCCCUCGAUGGGGAAGUGAAGUCAAUUCUUCAAAUAAAGAUUUUGAUCUUUACUGUGUUGGCGGUGACACCGUGUUUCUUUACAACUCUUUAGAAUCAGGCGCAGAUGCACUUAAUUUAAGCAAAAUGAUGCCGGUAUCAUGUAAAGCACAGACUGAUAUAGCUUGGAAACCUGAUCAUUCAGUGUUAACCAUCGGAGAUAAACAGGGCCAUAUUUACUUUAUAGACCCUGCAGAUUUUCAAGUUGUAUAUACCUUACUCGCCUAUAACAAAUUAGUUCAAUCAAUCGCAUGGCAUCCAAUAUCUACCUCAGUGGAUAAGGGCAUAUCUCCAUAUCACACAUAUUUAGCCGCGGGUUCUACAGACAACGAAAAUGAAAUCCGAGUAUUUAACUACAUAAAGGAAAGAUCUGCCGUUAGAGUUGAGCGAAUAGCAUCAUUAAAAGGACAUUUUGGUCAUAUACAACAUAUUUCCUGGAGUCCUCAUUUAGGUGGUAGACUAAUAUCGAGUAGCGUUGAUUGUUCCGUUCAAAUUUGGGAUGUUUUAACGCAAACUCCGCUUGUGAAUUACAACUCGGUUAAUAUUCCUCUAUUUUCAAUGUGGAGUCCAACAAAUCCCGAUAUCGUAUUCACCGGUUACCGUAAUAGUAUUUUGGAAGUAUGGAGAAUUUCAAUUCAAACCAAAACGGAGCCUUCAGCUCUUGUAAAAUCAAAAAAGAAAAAAAAAGACAAAAAUAUUAAAAUGAAAGAUAUUAGCGAUUGUUCUCAAGAUGUCGUGGAUGUAAUAAUGAAAGAAGAGGAAAAUGAAAAUUUAAAUUUUUCCAUCGCCGAAACAAAAAAUACAGUAAAAAUAAGUAAAAACGUCAAAAUGUUUUCGAAAGCUUGGAAGGACAAUUCCAACGACGAAUUUAUAAAAUCUCAAAGAAAUAGUAAUAAUUUGACGGAGUACUACGAACUCUCACUCUGGACCGGAAAUAUUAAAGAUGUGAUAGAAGAAAGGAUUCAAACCGGACAACUCAAUGAUUUUUUAAUGUCCAUAGUUCCAACUGUUUCACCUCGUUUAUGGCAAGAAGCCUGCAUUUCUUAUUCGAAAAGUUUAAGGGAAAAAAAACUUUAUCACAAAGCAGCCACGUAUUUGAUCGCCUGUCAUAAAGUUUACGAAGCUGUGGAUUUACUGGUGGAGGAAAAAUUAUUUUUAGAAGCUUUGUGCAUCGUAAAAAAUCGUUUACCUAGCACAGAUCCAAUAAUGUCUAAAAUCGUUGAAAAAUAUGCUCAGUGGUUAUUUCAAAAUGGAUCCUACUUAAGAGCGUGCGAAUGUUACUUAUAUCUGAAUAAUUACGAAGAAGUUGCAAAAAUUUUUGGGAAAAAAAAUAAACCUGAAUAUUUGAGUCUUGCUGCUUUGGCUGCAAAAAAAUAUGGCUGCCACGAAUUGGAACUUUUGGAAGCGACAAAAGGUUUAAUUAAAUGUUUACAAAUAAAAAAUUUGGAUUUGGCUCGUAGAAUUUGUUGUGAUCACAGUGAUCUUAAGAUGUUCGUUAUUUUAACACAAGAAUUAUCAAUGGCGAUUUGCGGCAAGGACAAAAAUAAAAAAAUAACUCACAUUAUCAGGGGACUCAGCACGUGUUACCGUUACAUUCAAAAUUCGGAAAAUGAGACCGAUGAUGCAUUAUUUAAUUUAUGCAAAUGGUUACGUCUUUCCGACUUUAUUCGCGAAGAAUGCUCUGGUUUAUUAGAUGAUGACAGUUACAAAUUAAAAUUGAGUAGUUUGAAAGAAUUUCUCGGUGCCGCCAUUGUUAGACAUUUAAGUAAUAAUGUUACCGAAGACAACGUUACGGAAUGGAUGAACGUUUUAGAUAAAAUGGCCGAUAGCUUUUUAACGGAAAAUAGUUACAAAUAUUUUAAAAAUUUAAUCGAAAUCGAAGUAUGUGAAAAACGUUUGAUGAAAAAUCAAGACCUUUACAUAAGAAACAAAUUGCCGAGUGCCAAAAAUAAUAAUGAUUUAUUGGAAAAUGUUAAAAAAAACAACAACGGAAUAAAUGAAACAAUAAUAAUAAACAAUGGCAGCCCUGAAAUAUUAAAAAAUGGCAGCCCUGAUAGUGAAACGUUAGAAAGUGAAUCAGUCGAUCGUGAUAUUUACGAAAUGAAUGUGGGAAAGGAAUCGAGCGGCGAAAAAAAAUGA